GCAUAAGUUUCCUUGUACUGGAAUUCUCGACAGAGCAAACCGCUUGUCACUACCGUCGAAAAUUAGAUGCAUACCUAGGCAACGUAUUCUUUCUUUUUUUUCUUGUUAUCGUAGGAAACUCAAUAGAAUCAUAAUUAUUAAGGAUGUUCCUUUUUGGUCUGCGAUUUCUCAAGCAUCAUCAAGGGAUUCAGGUUUCUAAUAAAAAUGCUCUUCAGAAGCUGAAGACAUUACCUGUUCGAAAGCAAUUGCCUCUAAGUUACUUACAACCAAUUCGAGGUGUUUCAACAUCUGUUGCAGACACAGCGGUAGCAGCUACAACUAAUACCGCCAACGCAGUUGGUAUUAGUAAUUCUUGGUGGCCGUAUGCUUUUCUUCAAAAUGCAGCUUACACAAUCAAUGUGUAUGCCGGAGCUCCCUGGUGGGUGUCUAUUAUUGCUACAACCAUUGGUGUUCGGUUUGCCCUUUUACCACUUAUGUUGAAGUCUUUUCGAACAAGCUCGAAGCUUUCAGUACUUCAGCCUGAAAUGAAGAAAGAACUCGAUGCCAUCAAAUCAGCCAAGUUAGAAAAUGACCAGAUGCGCCUUACCCAGCACAGUAUGGCUCUAAGAGCUUUGUACAUUAAGCAUCAGAUCAAUCCGUUGUCCAUCUUCAUGCUUCCUCUCACCCAGAGUGUUGUCUUCUUUAGCUUUUUCUAUGCAAUCCGUCAAAUGGCUCGAGUGCCUGCCGAAGGUUUCAAGGAAGGCGGUUGUGCUUGGUUUCAGGACUUGUCAGCAGCAGAUCCUUACUACAUUUUGCCUAUGAUAAACGCAGCAUUCAUGUUUACGGGAAUGCAAUUAAACCGAUCAAACACCGCAUCUACCAUCGGCAAUUCUCCCAAUUGGAGUACCUUUUUCUUUCUUUGUUGUCUUCUGAGUCCUCUUUUCACCAUAAAACUUCCUUCUGCUAUUUUUCUGUACUGGAUUCCUAGCAGUAUCUUUAACAUCGUUCAAGGUUUCAUUUUGAAAAGACCUGCCGUUCGUCAGAAACUUGGAUUCGCUCCUCUUCCGCCUUCUUUAGACUCUGCCAUAUCAGGCAAAAAUCUUUUACGAAAUCCUUUCAAGGCAGUUCGUGACAUGUAUAAGGGUAUUAAAGACUCCAUUUUGGGAAGAUAUGAUCAGCUUAAAAUUGAUAUGGAAAAACGGGCCCUAGCUACCAGGUCUGUCAAUGUUGUUCGACCUAAUGAUCAUUAUAGAAAGCUGAAAGAAUUGAACCGAAAAAUGGCUAUCGAAAAGAAAAAGGUCUCUGAGAAAAAAUGAUGAGUUACCCACUAUCCAAUUCCCCACUCUUUUUGAAAAUGCUUGUUGCAUAAAACGUCUUUAAAUUCAUUUGACCUCAAAUAGCCAGUUGUCCCCUUUACCAUACAAUGUUUUAAUUUAGGAAAUAAUAUAGUCUUUCAGAUACGUUUCAUAAAAGUAUAUGCCUAAUUAAGUCAAAAUUAUCCAUUAGUUAAUAGUAUCGAUUUAAUUCUGG